AUGCGCGAGGACACGCUCCAAGCCUACAACGCGGCUUGCGCGGUGGGACAGGAUAAAGUUGCCUUGAAAGUGAAUGAGCUGCUCGCGAAGAUCCGAGAAAAAGUUUCCGAGUUGGAAAUAAACGAGGAGAAAGAGAAGGCCGAAGGAGCACCAGCAGCGGUAGUUCCAAAUGGAGGCGCAGCAGCUACAACUUCCAGUGGUGCCGCUGUGGAGAGCAAGGACGUCGGACAGACUGCUCCAAGUACAACUGCGGUAGUAGAAAAUAACGACAAAGACAAGCCGACGGCGAUGGAGGUCGACAGUGAAAACAAUACGGCUCCUGCUGCAAUAAAAGAAGCUGGUUCGACCAGCAAUCGGCUGUGGAAGGAGACCCCCCGCGGAGGAGCAGACACAGCCGACCGAAAAUGCUGCGAGACAAUCAUUGAGUCGGAUGUCAGUCUAUCAAAUGUAAAAAUGUCUGGGUCUGGAAACUUGUGAUGCUGGGUGGCGUCUCAUGAUGAGGCUACAAAUGCUGGCUCAGCAUGACAAGUUUCUGAGCUCCUAUGUGUUGCCUAUUCUGCAUGACAAACUGCGCUUCUAAAAAGAAACAAGGAGGGGAGGAGGUAACGCUGAGGGCCCUGGGAAUUAUCGAAAAGGCGACCAAGCUAUUGAAAGAGGCCGAAGACCUUGAACCCAAUCAGGAAGAAGAGAAGAGUACAAAAAUGAAGAACGACAGAGACUCAGACAAAAGAAGCGAGGAGGGAAAUAAUAAAAGGGAGCCGGAUGGCGAAAACGCCCAGAGGGGUGACUUUUACAGGGCAGAAACGUACGAAGGCACGCGGCCCGGAUACGUAUUCAAAUUAGGCCAAGCAGGGCAGGGAUACUACAGGGACAGAGGACCAGAGGAAGCCGCGCGCAUCUUCUUCAGCUGCUGCGUAGGAUGGGGGGAAGAAGAAAAAAAAGAAGACGCAAGGAGGAAGCGGGCGUUGCUGAAUGCGGACCAGAAAACGGAUGAAGGAUCACUAAAAAAGAAAAAAAAGGAAGAGGAGACGAGAGACGCCACAGAUGCAGGGAACCAGGGCGAACGAGAACAGGAAAAGGCGAAACCAGACGAAUUCCCGACACUGGCAGAACUAAUGGGAAGCGACCCAGUGAUGUCGGAGGAGGAGAUGCGGGAAAAUGAAGAGAAAAGAAAAAGAGAGGAGGAGAGAAAAAGGAGCAGGCAGAGGAAGUACGAAACCCCACUGCAAGAGGAGCUCGCAAGGAUGUUCAGGGGUCUUGAUAAAGACAAAGGCUCCUAGAGGCAUAAAAAGAGGCACGAAGACACGAGCAUGAAAAUAGAACACACUGAAAAAUGGCAUGUGCGCAAAUUCAAGAAAUUGAGGAACAGCAAAGAGGCAGACUAGAUAAAAAAAAAUAAUAAAGCAUAAGGCGAAGUGGAGAACUACUCGCGAAGCCGAAAAUGAAGGGUGGGGGUGUUCUGGCGCGUGCGGAGGGAGGAGGGACCAGGAGGGAAACAGAAGAAAGAGAAAUCUAAAACAAGAUGGCGCCUGCUCCGACCUACGCUGAUCAUCUCGUUCCCGCUAGCCCACAAGGCACGGCGAUGCUCAUCAUCUCGUUAACGCUGGCCGCGAAGUCGCGGCCUGGCGAUGCUAUCCGGCCUUAGCUUCUAAGAAAGAAGGAAGAAACAUAUACAAGAAGUGGCGACAGGGUUGCUAAUUUAAAAGACUGCGCUAAGGCAGCACCCCCCUUUCCCCAAGGGGCCCCCCCGGGGCGGGCGCGAUGGCGGCUCCGAGUAGGCGGAGCCCUUGGGCCCGAUUCUUCGGAAACGCAGAAGAAGGGUGCGUGGAAACAGGUCGGCUAAAGUGCUUGAAAGGGGCACGCUUUGGGGUUGUCCGUCAUCGUGAUAAGGUCAGCAAGUAUGACCAAUGUGCCCCCUGUUUACGUAAUAGCGCGCAACCGGCCAAAGAGUAAGACUCGAGCAAGUUUGUAAGACUAACCCUUCAAGGCUACACAAACCGAAGCUCCACCUUGCUCGCGGGCUUGGAUGGUAAGGGGGUUCUGCCACACGUAGCGCCCACUGGCCGCAAUUACGCGUAAGCAAUCGAUAGCGGUUUUGCGGCUGCGGCCGGGUGGUAGCUAGGACGUGGAGCAAGUAUCCACCUAGGGGUAUCGGCAGAGGCUAAAUCUGUUCUAACGCCCAAGGUAUCGGCAGAGGCUAAAUCUGUUCUAACGCCCACCCGCCAGGAGUGAAAUGGUCACUACUACUACUUGCAUCACAGAAAAACGGAGCUCUUGGGUAACGUGCAUGACAGAUUUAAGAGUCAUACCAGACAAGCAUGACAGACAUGAAUUCUUCCAGACCCAGACAUUUUUACAUUUGAUACAGUCUCGCGCUGGCCAACUUGAAUGUGCUCGAGGAGAGCCGAACCGCGGGCCGGAAAAGGCCCCGAAGCGACGACAAAUCCGAUGCGACCUCCUUCACCACCGCGAGCGGGGAGAAGAUCAGCGUCAACAGCCGGGUCGACGAGGCGUGGAAGCACGUGGACGUGUACUACUGGAACGUUCUCGGGGACAAGGUUCUCACCGGGAUCAAGGAGCGGAAUCUCACCCCCGAAGCCUUCGCGGAAGCGUUGCUCUCCACUUGCGUCGCCGGGCAGCGCGCGUCCAUGCGGGUGAAGGCGGCGCUUGCGCAGCAGGAGUUGAACGAGAGCUGCGAUAAGAAGCCGGAAAC